CAGGUUUGAGUCUCAUUAUCACUUGUGUUACGUACAGACAGUGAUCUCAUUAAACUUAACUCCUGGGGAUCUUUUGCCAGAGUAAGACCUCGAGGGUUAGUACUAAAAUAGACAGUACAAGCACGACAACAAUCUGGACAAGAGACAACAACUGAGUGAGCAAUAGAAUGAAUUAAGCUAAAUUGACAUCUGAAGGUUUCUGUAUGCUGUGUUCUCCGUUUCUCACCAGUGCCUUCCUCCUUGCUCUCAGCCCUGUCACGAGGCUCAGGCAACAUGGCCAAGGUGGGUGCUGAGGCCAGGCUGAAGGACGAACUGAUAUGCCCCAUCUGCCUGGACAUUUACAGGAACCCUAUGUCCCUGGGGUGUGGUCACAGCUUCUGCAAGGAGUGCAUACUCUGCCUUUUCCCCACAGGCCCCCGUCCAGCCAUGAAGACUUGCCUGACUUACAAGCCCUCCCUGUGCCAAGCCCACCUGAGUAAGCAUAGCACAAAGAACACUCAGAAAAAACUACGUUCUGGUGGGGCUCUGUGGUGCCCAGGUUUUGGCUGA